AUGGAGCCGGGGAGCUUGGAAGAGCAGCGAUCUGCAGUUUCCCCGGGCGAUACAUCCCUAGAGACCUUGUGGGAGUCCACCCCGCACCCGGCCGACUCCAGCACCCCAAACUUGCUCACCAGAAAAUCCUUCUUGCGGUCCUGGAGCACCUUCACCGAUGGUUGCCAGUUCGGCUUCCCCACGCGGUCCCUCCGCGCCGGGUUCCCUGCGCUCCCGCCGAUCCCGGAGCCGCAGAUGCUGCGUCUGCGCCCCGCCUCGCGGCGCUCGCAGGACAUCUCACACCUGCUUGCCCGCGUCUUCCGAAACUUGUACACCGCCCAGGUGAUCGGAAAAGACUUGAGUGACAGUUUGAUCAACGCCCGCGGCAGUGAGGAUGCGCGCCACGAGGAGUUUGUGGACCAGCUGCAGCAGGUUCGAGAGAUCUAUAAACAGCGUCUGGAUGAAGUCACCAUGUUGGAGAGGCAUAUCAUCCAGGCCCGUGCACGGGAUCUUGCAGAAACAGUACAUGCCACCAAACAGAACAGACUACAUGUCCUGGAGACCCCUAUCAAGCUGCCCCCAGUGAAGACAGUCUUCCGGUGGUGUAUAGACAACGAGUUGCUGCAAAAACAUCGCUUAAUCUGCGUAGAGGAUUACUACAAUGAUCCCAUGCCAUUUUGCUCAGCGCCCAAAGGAAACCCCACCCCCGGAUGCUUGAAACUGACACUUAGCUGUGAGAGGCGUUUCAUGCUACAGGCAAAGCGGGACAAGGAGGCGGAGGAGUCGUGCAAGAAGCCCAUCGAUUUCGACGAGUUUGAGCACACCACAGACAGCUGGGCCUCCACUCAUAAGGCCAGGCAAAGGAGCAAACAGACCGUCAAGAAGGCAAGUACGCCAAAGAAUAAGGCGUGGAUGAAACACCUAAGGGUGCCUCAGAGGGACCUGGAGAGACUCCUGCUCGCCAGGAUGGAGGCUCGGAACCACUUCCUGAAAAACCCGCGGUUUUUCCCGCCUAACACACCACACGGAGGCAAGUCCCUGAUCAUCUCUUCAAGGAAGCCAGCGAGAAGAGGGACAGGAGGGUCCCUGAGUGCAGAGCCGGACUUGAGCUAUGCGGAUACCCCCGUGUUUCUGGCUAAGCCGUCAGUUGGAUUUUUCACGGAUUAUGAGAUUGGACCAGUUUACGAGAUGGUAAUCGCUCUCCAGAACACCACAGCGACCAGCCGAUACCUGCGAGUCCUCCCCCCAUCCUCUCCAUACUUUGCUCUGGGGCUUGGGAUGUUCCCCGGGAAAGGCGGAAUGGUAGCUCCUGGGAUGACCUGCCAGUACAUUGUCCAGUUCAUUCCGGACUGUCUCGGGGAUUUUGACGAUUUCAUUUUGGUGGAGACCCAGUCUGCCCACACGCUGGUGAUCCCCCUGCAGGCCCGGAGGCCGCCCCCAGUGCUGACCUUGUCUCCUGUGUUGGACUGUGGCCACUGCCUAAUUGGAGGAGUGAAGAUAACCAGAUUCCUCUGCAAAAACGUGGGCUUCAGCGUCGGCAAAUUCUGCAUCAUGCCCCAAAAGAGCUGGCCGCCGCCAAGUUUCCGGGCUGUAGCAACCACCGGCUUCGUGGAGAAGCCCCCCUUUGGGGUCAUGCCUUCGGUGUUUGAGCUGGCUCCAGGGUUUGCCAUCCUGCUGGAGGUCUUGUUCCUCCCGACCAGCCUAGGGAAGGCAGAGGAGACCUUCGUCAUCGUGUGUGACAACUGUCAGAUAAAGGAGCUGGUUAUCGCAGGAACUGGGCAGCUGGUGGCUUUGGAUCUGAUCUAUAUUUCUGGUGGAAAAAGUGAACCAGACCCAGGAGAGCUGAGAGAUUUAACAGCCCAGUACUUUAUCCGGUUUGAGCCUGAAAACCUCCAGUCCACCGCAAGGAAGCAGCUCAUUAUCAGAAAUGCUACGCACGUGGAGCUGGCCUUCCAUUGGCAGAUCAUGAAGCCCAACCUGCAGCCUCUGAUGCCUGGAGAGACGCACAGCUCCGACAGCAUCAAGUGUCACCCUGACAGAGAGACAGCCUUCUCCAUCAUUCCAGAGAAGGGCAUCCUCGAGGCCCACUCAGACCAGGAGUUCAUCCUGAGCUUUUCUCCCGACCAGCUCAAGUGUUUCCACAGUGUACUGCAAAUGGUUCUGGAAGCUGUCCCUGAGCCCUUGAGCUCAGGGAUGGAGAACCUGGGGGACUAUUCCUACUCCGUGGAUGAUGUAAUCGUCCUGGAAAUAGAGGUGAAAGGCUGGGCAGAACCCUUCCAGGUUCUUCUAGAGCCCUAUGCCCUCAUCAUCCCUGGAGAGAGUUACAUUGGCAUCACUGUGAAGAAAGAUUUUAAGAUGUGGAAUAACAGCAAGUCACCCAUCAGAUACCUGUGGGACAAGAACAGCGACUGCCACAUCAUCGAGGUGGAGCCCUGCACGGGCGUGAUAGAGCCGAAUGAGGUCGGAGAUUUCGAGUUAAACAUAACUGGCGGAGUGCCUGGGCCAACCAGCCAGGACCUGCAGUGUGAGAUCGAAGACUCACCCUGCCCCGUGGUGCUUCACAUCGAAGCCGCCUUCAAGGGACCCGCCCUGGUCAUCGAUGUCCCCGCCCUUCAGUUCGGUCUGCUCCGCCUGGGCCAGAAGUGUUCACGCUCCAUCCACAUCCGGAACAUCAGCCAGCUCUCGGCCGCGUGGAAUUUGAAGGAGAGCCCCGUGUGCCUGUCAGAGAGAAACGAGGAUGUAUCCCCCUUCGAAAUUGAGCCUUUGAGUGGCCAGCUCCACCCUCUGGGGGAGUGCAAAGUGACCAUCACCUUAGAGACCUCCCACUGCCGGCGCCUGCAGACUGUACUGGAGCUAGAGGUGGAAAACGGGGCCUGGAGCUACCUUCCUGUGUAUGCUGAGGUGCAGCAGCCUUACGUGUACCUGCAGAGCAGCCACGUGGAGCUCAGCGACCUGUACCUGGGUGUGCCCACAAAGUCAACCAUCAUGCUGGUCAAUGGGACACUCCUGCCCACCCGCUUCCACUGGGGCAAGCUCCUGGGGGCUCAAGCAUCCUUGUGUACAGUGACGAUCUCUCCCAGACGUGGCCUACUGGGCCCCAGUGAAGAGCGCCAGCUCAGCUUGGAGUUUACAGCCAACACACGGGAGAAGCUGAUUGACUUGGCCCUCCCUUGUCAUGUGUCUGGCAUGGAGAAGCCACUGGCCCUGGGCAUCUCUGGGACGCCUUUGGGACUGCGAGUGACCGUCACCACCUCCACAGAGGACUGUGAUGGGAGUGCGCUGUGCUCCGGGGAACGCGCCGAGCUCCGCUUGGACUUCGGCUCCAAAGUACCACUGAGGACCGGCGUGACGCGACAGCUCAUCCUGACGAAUCGCUCCCCGAUACAGACCCCUUUCACCCUCAAAUUUGAGUACUUCGGGAGCUCCCAAGACAGUCUGAACAGAAAGACCAGCCUCCCUGACAUGCCCCCAGCCCUGCUAAAGACAGCGCGCAUCCAAGAGCACUUGGCCAAGAAAGAACAGAUGGACUUUAUGGAAAGCAUGCUAUCUCACGGGAAAGGAGCUGCUUUCUUCCCCCACAUCUCCCAGGGCAUGCUGGGAGCCUAUCAGCAGCUGAAAAUCAGCAUCACGGGCUGUGCCAGCAUGUGGGGCGAGUACUGGGAUGCCCUCCUCUGCACGGUGGGGGACCUGCCAGUAACCCUCAUCCCCGUGUAUAUGGCUGUGGUGGGCUGCCCCAUCAGCUCCCUGAGGAACACAUGCUACAGCGUGGCCCCGUUCCAGAAGGAGCCUAUCAUCAGGUUUGGGACCCAGAUCUCUGGAGGAGACACAGUCACCAGAAUCCUCCGUCUGUAUAACUCCAGUCCCUGCGAUAUCCGCCUAGACUGGGCGACCUAUGUCCCAGAAGAAAAGGAAGAUCGGCUGCUGGAGCUGCUCGUGUUCUACGGGCCACCCUUCCCACUGCUGGACCAAGCUGGGAAUGAGCUCCUGUGCCCCGAGACCCCUGAGGCCAGCUCACCAGAGUCCCCAAGUCUCUCCAGUGUGUCAGUGUCUAGCCAUGCGGUUCCCUCAUCGGGUAGCUGCAGCACCAGGGCUGAAGAGCAGAUCAUCUCAGUCAUCCUGCAGGGGCAUGACGGGGAGCCCUCCGAUAGCGUGUACCGUAUCAGCCCCAAGCAGGUGGUCAUCCCAGCGGGAGGCAACAGAACCAUGCAUAUCUCCUUCACACCCAUGGUGCUGGGCCCUGAUGUCCCGCACAAGGUGGGGUGUACUGGCUAUGCCCUGGGCUUCAUGAGCUUGGAUAAGGAGACAGACAGAGAGAUCCCAGGUCGAAUGCGCCGCCUUCAGGAGUUUGCCGUGGGCCCCCUGAGACUAGAUCUGAAUGGCUACGUGAGGCUUGCACAGCUGACCAUCGAGCUGGACAACAGUGGCUACUUGGAAUUCCGGUGCCAGGCCAGUGACCUCAUCCCGAAAAAUCCCUGCUGUGGGGUGCUGAGUGACCGGCUCACCACCCGCCACCUGAAACUGAUCAACACCACGGAAAUCCUGCACUACUUCCGGGUCCUGGUCUCCAGGCCCUUCUUCGUUUCUCAAGAUGGGGCCAGCUGGGACGACAGAGCUUGUCAUCAAGAAGAAGAGGAGGUAGCAUCCUCAGGCCAGCAGCUGCUACUCCGACCACAGGAGAACAUGCUGGUGGCCGUGUCCUUCUCUCUGUCCCUGGAGCUACUGUCCUACCAGAAGCUCCCAGCCGAUCAGAUGCUACCUGGAGUGGACAUUCAGCAGAGCGAGCACGGGGAGAAACAGAUGGAGUUCACACAGAACCUGAGCCUAUGCUUCACCAACCACACCGUUCAGGAGGUGCCCCUGCGGGCCAUCGUGGCUGUGCCGUCGCUGCAGCUCUCUACCAGCUGGGUGGACUUCGGGACCUGCUUUGUGAACCAACAGCACAGCCGGGAGGUCUACCUCAUGAACCUCAGCAGCUGCCUGAGCUACUGGACAGUGCUGAUGGGACAGGAGGAGCCAGCCUGCGAGGAUAAUGCCUUUGGGGUCUCCCCGAGCAGUGGGCUGCUGGAGGCCCGGCCCACCAAUUCACCCCCAAUUUCCAUUCCCCUUCAGGUAUACUUCAACCCUAGGAGCAGCCUGCUGUACGAGUCCACUAUGGUGGUGGAAGGUGUGCUGAGUGAGAAGUCUUGCACCCUGCGGCUGCGGGGCCGAGGCUCUUACGACGAGAAAUACGUGAUACCCCACCAGUUCUGAGCUCUGCCGCCCUCAGCCCCCCACCCCAGCCGAAAGCAUCAGGCCGGCCCAGAGUUGAGGGGCAGAGCUGCUAAGCAGGGACACCACCGGCUCGGAUGAGGGAUCUCCUUCCAGGAAAUGGUGUCAGCUAACCACGCCCCGCACGACAGUUCCCCAGGGCUAACCAGCAUAGGCCACCACCCAGGUGACUAUGACGCUUACUUAUAUCAUUACAAAGAUGAUCCACAGAUCCCAGCAAAGCAAGAGCUGGACGCUGAGUGCAAUGACUGCCACCAAAAUCAGAUAACACACAUACACUUUGCCCAUCACAUUCAUCUUUCAUGAGGUUCCCGUCCCACAGAAAUAGGCACGGUCCUGUGGUCAAGAGUCCCCUGUGUCACUGGUCCAGCUGAGAGGACCAGACUGGGUGGCCCAAUGCCCACCCAUCCCCUUGUUGUGAUGAUCACAUUUUCUAAAUUAAAGUGCUGUGACA